AGAUCAUUCCAUGAGAUUGAAAAGGAAAUAUUCAGAAGCAUACAGAUGUAACCCAACAUCUUCCAUCUUGAUCUCUCUAUAAAGCCACAGCACUAGCCACUGAAGCCAAGCCUCAGAUCAAGUCAAGCUCUCCCAAGUAUGACGACAGAUUGAUCCAAGCUCCCAUUCGGCAGACCCGACAUUGCCGUCCCGAUCAGCUCUUUAACCAACCCCUCCCUCCGCUCAACUCUCCUCGACUUUUUUUGACAUCAUCGUCAAUUGCACUAUCACAAGCUUGCCUACAAUCCUCUUCAAAAUGGCUUCCGCUCUCCUCCGUUCAACUCCCGCUCUCCGCGCCGGUCUGCGCGCCCGCUCAACUCCCCUCGCCGCCAUGGCCACAACCAGCUUCGUCCGCAACAAGGCCACCCUUCCCGACCUUCCCUGUACAACCCCCCAUUCUCACAAUCAUCAAUCCUCGCAACUAACAAAGCCUAGACGACUAUGGCGCUCUUGAGCCUUACAUCUCCGGUCAGAUCAUGGAGCUUCACCACUCCAAGCACCACCAGACCUACGUCACCGGCUUCAACAACGCUACCGACGCCCUCGCCGAGGCUCAGCACAAGAACGACGCCAAGGCCGCUGCUGCCCAAGCUCCUCUGAUCAACUUCCACGGCGGUGGUCAUGUUAACCACUCUCUUUUCUGGGAGAACCUUGCUCCCAAUGGCAAGGGCGGUGGUGGUGAGCCCGAGGGCAAGCUUCUGAAUGCUAUCAAGGAGGACUUUGGCUCCUUCGACUCUUUCAAGAAGCAGACCAACGCUACCCUCGCUGGCAUCCAGGGCUCCGGCUGGGCCUGGCUCGUCAAGGACAAGAACUCUGGCACUCUGUCCAUUGUCACCCGACCCAACCAGGACCCCGUCACUGGCACUCUUGAGCCUCUCCUUGGUAUUGAUGCUUGGGAGCACGCUUAUUACCUCCAGUACCAGAACCGCAAGGCUGAGUACUUCAGCGCCAUCUGGGAGGUCAUUAACUGGGGCACUGUUUCCAAGCGAUUCGAGAAGUAAAUAUGUUCGUGUUAGCGAAAUUGUAAAGCUCGAAAGAGUUGAAGGGAAAAAAUAGCGAUAACGUGUACGCAACCAAGGCCGACGUUUCGUGACCAUGCGUCAUCUGUUUGUUUGUCAAGAUACCGGGUGUAUAGUACCUUGAGGUCUAAUAAGAGAACUUGAAAAGAGUAGACAUGCGCAGUCUCCAGGAGGCAAGGAAACUUGAGACCUAUAUUCUUAGUAAUGAAGCCUCAGGUAAGCUUAGUAUAACUAAGGAAGACUUCAGGCCGGUUAUCUUUCAACACUUUUAUUAAAUGUCAGAAGCUUCCUAGCUCCCUGAUGAGCCUUCAACCAAGGCUUACAACAUCCGAUACUGCUAUCUAUGAUCCUGUGUUUCCACCAUCGCAUCCCAUAGGGAUUCUCCAAACCAGGAGUCGUGACUCUUUCCGAUAACCCUGAUCAAUCAGCCCGUGCAUCUUCAAGAUAUAAAACUUUGCCAUUUGCUGGAAGCUACACCGAUUCCUUCUGAGUUCGGCCGCGUGUUGCGUCCACCCGACGCCAGUGAGACACAAAAUGUUGCCUCAGCUUGCGCAAACAAAAUCGCCAUGUCACAAGUCUCAAGAUCAGGGCUGCUGACAUCUCGCAAUUCCCUGGUAGGCCGCCAACUCAGCCGGGAACUCCUCUUCAAAGAUCUCAGCUGCGUAACUAUACCAGUCACUGUUCGCCUCGGUAGUUCUCGCCUCGAAGAACCGCGCGUACUCCCACCAAACUGGAUACUGUCCUGCGCAGUCCCAGCCAAGGAUCCAGCUGAUGGUGUUGUUGGAGACAACAAUGUUCUUGGGGCACAAGGCCCCAUGGGUGAGAACCGAAGGAUAAUCAUUGCGAAAUUGAGUGAUCAAGGCCUUGGCCACAGCUUUCGGCACCGACUCAUACAAAGUUGACAUGAGAAGUGCCAUGAACUGCUUCUGGCUGGGGCUUGGACGAAUUGCAUAGUAGGUAUGGUCAGGAUGCUUGUCUUGAAGCAAACUGUAUGUUCCUGACUCGAUAGACCCUAGGGGAUAAUUUGGUCCCUGCUUGCUCUCAUUCCGCAUCUUGUGGAGGAGGUUGCGGAGUUGCCUGGCGUACGAAUACUUGUCACUCUUUGUGAGUCUAGGCCAGACAUCUUCGAGCAACUCGCCAAUCACGGUGCGGGUGAUGGCACCGUCUGAAGAAGAAAUGUCCUGAUCAUGAAGGGAUAGAGGGAGAGCUCGAGUAUGGCCCAGCAUGGACAGCUUCUCAUGCUGGACCAUUCCAGCAUUGGAGAUGAGAAAGGUAUAUGUCUUGGGUUUGCCAGGCGCAUCAUUCUUCUUGUUGGGAGCGGCCUGCAAGCAGAGGUUCAAGUUGCGGUUUCGCAAGAGUGAAGUAAGGUAAUGGGUGGAGUCGUCUGGUAGAGGAGCUGCGCAUUCAAUCAGUGCUCUUGAACGUGCAACCACUUGCAUUCUUGCUUACCACGACCAAGGGGCUGAAUAUCGGUGUAGUACUUUUUGACGGGAGCGAUUUUUGGCUUCUUCUCCUGCUGCGCACGUUUCUCCUUGGCCUCCAUCAUGAGCUCGCUGAUGGACCG